AAUACAACACCCCAAACCAGCCAGUUCCGAUUGUUUUCAACAGUAUCACUUUGUCAGUGGUCGAGUGUACAUCGCAAGUUUUCCCAAGAACAAAGCCGUAUUUCUCAAAUCCAGAGUUUCCCAACAGAAAUGGUGGACACCGACUCCAGUCCGGAGGUUUUGCCAACGCAACCCUCAACUGGCACUCCAAAACAUGAUCCAUCGCCAAAGAAGCAGCAGACCUCGGAGCAACAAUCUCAAACUGAACUGGAUCCACAGAACCCGAAUCUACUUUCGUCUCUCUACAGCUUUCUGGUCAUUGUGAGCUUCUUCCUAGUAGGCUUUGCCGCGUUCAGAAACACUCUCACAUGGCACCUUCAGCGGUUCUGGGGUGCGUCUGGGGACUUCUGGCAAGCACAUUGGGAUCGGUUUAUCGAUUUCACAGGUGAAGACCCCGCGACGCUAUGGGUCCUUAGCACAACCCUGUUCACCGUGUUCGUGUACUGGUUCUUCGGAGGCAUCUACACCAUUUUCGACCUAACGUGCAAACCGGCCUGCAUCCGCCGGUACAAGAUGCAACCCGGCACGAACGAACCCGUAGAUAGGACCCGUCUCCUGAAGGUCAUCGCCACGGUUUUUAUGAACCAAACCCUGGUCGGCAUCCCGAUGGCCGUGUUCAUGUACCAGGCGAUGAGGUUCCGAGGAUUGAACGACCUGCGCGAGCUGCCCACCUUCCACUGGGUGCUUGCGGAGCUAUCAUUCUGCAUCUUCAUCGAGGAAAUCGGUUUCUACUACGCCCACAGACUUCUGCACAACCGACACAUCUACAAGUACAUCCACAAGCAGCACCACGAGUGGACGGCCCCGAUCGCCAUCACCGCCAUCUACUGCCAUCCGAUCGAGCACAUUUUCAGCAACCUGGUGCCGCCGUUUCUGGGAAUCUUCAUGCUGGGCAGUCACGUGGCGGUCGCCUGGUUGUGGUUUACGCUGGUCAUUCUGUCGACGCUGAACGCCCACUCCGGGUACCAUUUGCCGUUCUUCCCCAGUCCGGAGGCGCACGAUUUCCAUCACUUGAAAUUUAACCAGUGCUUCGGCGUUCUGGGAGUCCUGGACCGGCUGCACGGCACCGACACACUGUUCCGGAACACCAAGGCCUACGCCCGCCACAUCAUGAUGCUGAGUUUCAUUCCGGCGCGGGAAGCCUUCCCCGAAUCGGCCAAGAAGGCCUUCUAAAAGACUAGGCUAGUCAUCCUAUCUCUCUCCGUAACUAGUGCAUACGUACAUCUUCUGAAUCAAUCGCUGUCUACGUGUAUAAGUGUGCGUGCACCCAACUGAUCAAAACUUAAUCGCAAACACACACACACACACACACACACACACACUAUUAUGUUACACUACUGUUGUUAGAUAUACAAUGAUGAUAAAUACCUACGAUUCAUAGGAUGGAGCGGUGAUGGAAGAGAAUCUACGACUUCUCAACGGUGGUUUGGAUAUUCGAGUAAGGUUCGACGAUAAAGUGAUGAAGUCAUACAUAAACGUUACAUUCGUCUAGAAGACACACUACUCUAGCUAACUUUGAAGACAUUGAGAGUAAAUUUAAGGUAAGGAUAACGUGAAAAACGCCUUGGUCGCGUCUGUAACUGUAUUUUGCACCGAUCUACAUAUUUUCACAAAACAACGCUUUAUCAGUGCUUUAGUUUAGGGUUUCUACUAGGAAUGUUCAGGAAUAAGAGAAUAUUGACUGCUCUGAUCUAACUUCCUUGUUUUGAACGAAAAAGUUGGGUUAGAACAUGAAUGAGAGAGUGAGGUUCAAAACGACGUCGAAUCAGAAAGCAUUACAUUCUCAGACAUUCAUUCACAAAUUUACACACCACAAGACUGUGAUCAGAUGGAAAGCAAAAAGCAACCUUCGCCUGUUUCUUUUAUGACAUUUAAACUUAGAACGAUAAGCUGGUUAAGCGGGAUAUGAUUCCCACCAGAAUGUGAUGCAGACAGUUAAACUGGUUUUCAAACUCAUUUUUGUGAAAAAUCCAUCUACACUAACACCAUCAACUAACUUAUUCAUCGAAAGAACACACUAAAAAAAUCUAUCACUUGAACUCAAAGUGUACACACCAAAAUAGUAGAACUAAAUAACUAUAUUUUCAUCGGAUUUAAUGUAUGGGAAAUACAUGGCAAUUCUUCUCAGUGUAA